UGAGCUGCGGAGUUUUCCCGCGGUUUGAGGCUGUGGGAUCAGCGCUGGAUAGUGGAGGCGGUUUCGGGGAGGCCCCUGUUCACCCGGUUUACUCCCUGCCUGCAGUUUUUUAUUACCUGUAUAUUCAGUUAUCAGUAAGAUCCAGCUCUCAUACAGCUGAUCCACACCUCCAUUCACUCUAACCCGCUCUGUCUGAAGACCCGCGAAGGAUUUAAUCAGCCAUGCCGCCCAGAAAGCGCAGCUCCGGGACCGGGAGCAGCCGGAGGGGCGCCUCUUCCCCGGAGCUCCGGCAGUCCGGCUCCGCCAUCAGCCCGCAACAGCACACAGAGAAGGAUUCUGACUUCGUGACCCUUUGCAAGGAGCUUUUUGUGACCAACACGGUGUGUAACAGAGCGUGGGCCAUCUGGACGUCUGCUGCCAUAUCGGCAGAGAAAAUUAAUAAUUCAAACAGGCCACUGUGGGGAGUGUGUGUCUUUAUUUCUGCUGUAGACCUGGAAGAGAUCAGCUUCACGUUUACACAACUACUGAAAGCUGUUGGUCUGAGGUUAAAGCAGUUCUGUGACCUGGUAAGAAAACUGGAUGAGAACGUCGACACUAUAAGCUCUGAGGUGAACUCCACUGUCAUGAAGCUAGAGAAGAAGUACGACGUGUCGCUGGCGCUCUAUCAACGAUUUGGGAAAAUGUGCAACAGUAUCUAUUCUGUGCCUAGUGAAGAAAAGAGGCAGGAGCUUUUACGCAGUAGCUGGAUAAUGUUCCUUCUAGCCAAAGGAAGUGCUCUGCAGAUGGAGGAUGACCUAGUGAUAUCCUUCCAGAUUCUUCUGUGUGUUCUGGAGUUCUGCACCAAGCGCUGCCCGUCCACUCUUCUCCAGCCUCUCUACAAGUCAGCAGUAAGUGCCACAGCCCAGAGUCCUCCAACUCGGACCUCAAGGCGUAACAAAGCCAAGCCUCGGCCGCCUGAGAUGGACGUACAGUUGCUCGAGACGCUGUGUAAAGAAAGCGACUGCAGCAUGGACGAGGUAAAGAAUGUGUACCAAAGCAGUUUCUGUGCCUUUCUGGACUCAUUGAGCUUGUCUGGAUCUCAGGAGUUUCCUGCAGUAGAAACUUUAUCCAAAAAGUAUGAUGAGCUCUACCAUAAAAACAAGGACUUUGAUGCCAGGCUGUUCUUGGAUGAUGAUGAGACGCUCUGUCCAGGGAAAGAGGAAGCUACAAAAGUGGAGAUGAUGCCCAAGAAGAAUCAGUCUGGAGAAGAGAACGUUCUCGUUCCACCACAGACCCCAAUCCGAGCUGCUAUGAAUUCGAUACAGCAGCUGAGGGGAGGACUUACCUCAGCCAGUGACCAGCCCUCUGGCAAUCUUAUUGUUUACUUCAAGAACUGCACUGUGGACCCAUCAGAAGAGAUCACUAAGCGGGUUGGACAGCUGGGUCAGAUCUUCUGCCAGAAGUUUGCUGAAGCUGUUGGUCAGCGCUGUGAAGGCCUGGGCAAAACGAGGUUCACUCUUGGUGUCCAGCUCCACUACAAAGUCAUGGAGUCCAUGCUCAAAUCAGAAGAGAAGAGGCUCUCUGUGCAGAAUUUCAGUAAACUCCUCAACAAUGCUACGUUCCAUACCUCACUCCUUGCCUCUGCACUUGAGGUUGUGUUGGCAACCUAUGUUGGAGGUUCCCUGAAGAAUGGCGGCAGUGAAUCACCAGAGACUGAUCUGUGCUUCCCUUGGAUCCUGGAUGUUUUCCAGCUUCAUGCUUUUGACUUCUACAAAGUAAUUGAGAGCUUCAUCAAGGCUGAACCCACCCUCAAGCACGACAUGAUCGAGCACUUGGGCCGAUGUGAGCAUCAGAUCAUGGAGAGCAUUGCGUGGAAAGCGGAUUCGCCUCUGUUUGAGCUUCUGAGACAGUCUCGAGAGGAGGGUCCGGGUGAGCAGGCCGAGCCUCCUGCUACUCUCAACCAGCCUCUACAACACAACCACACUGCUGCUGAUCUGUAUCUAUCUCCAUUACGGCCCAGUCGACAGCUCCCAGCAGCAGCAGCACCACCAGCAGCUCCACCAGCAGCCGCAGCAGCAGAGGUAGAUCCUCCAGCAAUGCCUCUGUCCCAGCCUCCUGCCCCCGGAACCAAACAGCACCGCUCCAACUCCCUCAGCCUUUUCUACAAGAAACUAUACAGGAUGGCCUACCUGCGGCUGAAGAUGCUUUUCUCUCACCUGCUGAACUCUCACACUGAGCUGGAGCCCAUCAUCUGGACUCUGCUUCAGCACACACUCCAGAACGAGUAUGAGCUCAUGAAGGACAGACACCUGGACCAGCUCAUGAUGUCUGCUAUGUAUGCCAUAUGCAAAGUGAAGAAUGUGGAUUUGCGCUUUAAGACAAUCGUGACUGCGUACAAAGAGCUUCCCAAUACAAACCAGGAGACCUUCAAGCGUGUGCUGAUCAGAGAAGGCCAGUAUGACUCCAUCAUCGUUUUCUAUAACCUGGUUUUCAUGCAGAAGCUGAAGACUAAUAUCCUGCAGUACUCCUCUCCUCGGCCCCCUCCUCUAUCUCCUAUACCCCACAUCCCCCGCAGCCCCUACAAAUACCCCAGCUCUCCUCUACGGGUGCCCGGCGGGAACGUCUACAUCUCCCCUCUGAAGAGCAACCGCUUAACUCCAGCAGCCAUGACUCCUCGAUCUAGGUUCCUUGUGUCGAUCGGAGAGUCAUUUGGGACGUCAGACAAGUUCCAAAAGAUCAAUCAGAUGGUCAGUAGCACCGACUGGUCCCUGAAGAGGAGGUUAGAUGGAGACGCCACCCCUAAACCCCUGAAGAAAUUGCGCUUUGAUGUGGAUGGACAGGAUGAGGCUGAUGGAAGCAAAUCAAGUUGCGAGUCUACAAUGAUCCAGAAGCUGGCAGAGAUAACUUCGACUCGGAGCCGCAUGCAGGAACAGAAACUGAAGGAGGAGGCUGAGAAAGACAACCCUGAGCCAUAACAAGCACCAUGCAUCAUCACAGAGGCCUGGUGUUACAGCCUGUUUCCCUUUCUUUUUAUUUCCUUUUAAUCUUUUUUUUUUUUUUUUUUUUUUUUUUUUUUUUUUUUAAUAUAUAAUGUCUGCCGGUUUUAACAGGUUCCCACUGUCUCAGGUUUUUUUUGUUACAUGAAGUGUCAAGUUACAUGAAGUUUCUAAAUAUAAAAAUGUAUUGGAUAUAUUAGAAAUGUCACUCAAUGUCAUUUGCUCAACCAUCACAUCGACGAGCGUAUUACAAAAUAAGGUUUUGAAAGUGUCAUACAGUUCAAAUUAUAAUUUGAUGAUCUUUUCUUUUCUUUUUUUUUUUUUUUUUUACUUUUUUUUAUGUCUUGAUGCUCUGUGAUUCCUGAAUUUUGUCGUUUUUAAAUUAUUAUUAUUAUUAUUAUUAUUAUUAUUAUUAUUAACAUGAUUGAACAUGAUGCUUCCAUAAAGUGUCCGUUUUCUGUUUUUAUGGUUUAAUCUGAUUUGAAGACGUUAAGCAUAAAGAGAGAUGGGUACCACUUUAAAAUAAGACUACCUUUAGAAAGUGUUUAUAAAUACUUUAUAAAGAAGUGUAUUAAUGUUAUUUAUUAGGUUGUUAAUACUCAAACAAAUAAAAAGUUACAGCAGAAAAAUUAAAAAAGACAAAUAGUGAUUUUUCAAUCAUUUAAACAUUCACUGUUAAACCUCAGAUCUUUCUGGAUUCUGAUUGUAGAUACUUUGUGUUUUCUAUAAUUUUGCUAUAAACCUGUUAUAAAUAUUAACAUAUUUCUAAGUAGGUAGGUUUAAAUACGAAACUGCCAAGUUAUAUUAUAGUUAUAAGUAAUAUUUUCAGUAUUGCGGGUAGUAUAGUAUCAGUAUUACAGAAGAUGUGGUGUACAUUUAACAUUUUAUAUGAUUUAAUUGAUGUUUUAUUAUUCCCUAUUCACUGUUUAGUAAAUGACAGCUCAUUUAAGGCAAUUACAUCCUAAUUAAUACCAAUUAAUAAAUAAUAUAAUAUAAGCUAUUUCUAAUCCCUUUACAAAUGUAGUCUUGGGGGCUCUGAGUGGUUCGGAGGGCUGAACACUCCCAUGAUGAGGAGAUCGCUGGUUUGAAUCCUGAUUAUGCAGCUUGCCAUCAGCUGCCGGAACCCUGAGAGAGCACAAUUGGCCUUGCUCUCUCUCUGUGUGGGUAUACAGUAGAUGGCGCUCUUUCCACUCAUCACUCAUGGGGUGAUGUUGAUUAGCACAAGGCUGCGUCGCAUCAGAACCGAGUCGCUGCGCUUUCCUCCGAGUGCGCUGUGCUAUGAUGCUACUCAGCAGCAGUUCAAAAAGAGGCGGAGUCUGACUUCACAUGUAUCAGAGGAGGGUGUGCUAGUCUUCAUCCUCCUGGUGUUGGGGGGAAUCACUAGUGAUAAAGGGUAGAGUCCUGAUGAGUGGACCUUAAAAAAAAAGUAGUCUUAUUUUAAAGUGGUACCGAGAGACAGUAUAGAAAUAGCACAUCGACAAGAUUAGAAGAGGGACGUAAGGUGUCUCAGGAUAAGUUAUAUUUUUAAUGCUUUUCUUUAAAAUGCUUUUAUGUUUUAUGCCUUUUUCACAUGUUUUUUGUUAAAUAUGACAUCUACAAUUCUGACUACUAUAUUACACACUUCAGUCAUAUUAUGCAUAAUCAUGUGUUUUGUAAGGGUUGAUUAAUUUGUAAUGGAAGGGAAAGACGGAAAUAAGCCUUGCACAGGUCCACAGUGAUUCUAAGCUUUAGGCUUCUCCAAAGUAAAGAAUCCGCCUCUGAAAUGCCUUGAAAUUCUGUUUUUUCUAUACUACAGAUAUUGUGGAUAUAUUUCAGAAUUCUUGCUCUGAAACACUGCGAGUGUAGUAGGAUUUAUUGAUUGAUUGUUGGUUUUAUGAUGUGAAUGGUGUGUGUGAGAGUGUGAGUGAAUGUACAUGUAUUUCUUUUUUAAUAUAUAACGCUGUAUUUGCUCUCUGGGCCGAGCUGUUAGUUGUUAGCAUUAAGUUGAUGUACUUUUUGUCAAAAAAAAAAAUGUAACUCAGUUCAGCUGCGGCGGAUGUUUGUUAAUAACUGAUUUGAGAUUGUUUUUAUUAAUAUGUACGACUGUGCUAAAAUGAUUGUCUUUUAGGAAAAUAAACUAUAAAAGU